AUGAAGAGCCUGCAACUGAGGAAGAAUCUUGAAACUCACGAUUAUUUGACAAAGGAUGAAGAUCAGGCAACUGGGAAUGAAGAAGCCAAGCCCUCUAUCGACGAGGGCAACAAGAAGGAGACAACUGGUACCGGUAUUGCUCACUACAUCCAGAAGUUUCGAACGGGAUGCCACUGUGUUUGGAAUGCACUCCGCGGAGUAUCGGCCAAUUUGGGAGAUGCAACAAGCCGUUCCAGUGGCAGCAAAGAAGAUCCCCAAGAACCUGUGACUACAGGCCAAGAAGAGGUCAACCAGGAGUCUAUUGAUUCGGGAUCUGCUGCUCGGGAAGACACCAAGCAGAGCAACAGAAAGAGGAAAAUGACAUCUGCAUCCUCAAGGCCCAAGAAGAAGGUGGCCGGCCACUCCGCCAACUUGAAUGCUGGAGGAUCCAACACCAAAAAUGAUCCUCCAGUUACACCCAACAACAACAAGAUUGAUCCCCCAGAAACAGCGGGAAUGGCUACUAGUACUACAUGUACCAUUGUAGCUCCCCCACAUUCAGUAGUUGUGGGAGAUGCUCACUGCAACCACAGCAAUGACAAGAACCACAAAAGGGAUCUCCCACAUGCUCCAACCCCUCCAGAAGCAGUUGUGGUGCGUCGUGCCACGACAACCACUUCGGUGACAUCUCCCCCUGUUUUGGUCUUUGCACGAGGUGUGAACAACGACUGUCGCUGGCAUGCCCCUGAGGAUCAGGACGGGGAGAGCAAGAAGAAAUCAGCCAGGCUUGAAAUUGCCAAGGAAGCACUCCCAGAAACACCGGCCCUUGCAUCUACGAAGGAUGCUGCCAUGUCAGAAGCUGAAAAAUGGCAUGAAUUCUCUUGUUCCAGACGUUCUCCAGUAGCAAGAGCCCCCAGAAACGUUGGCCAGAGAAUCGAAGUUCCAGCUGCCAUUGUGACUGGCAUUUUCUGUCAGGCUAUCACAGAUUCUGCCCUGCAGAGUGGGGCCAACCACUAUCCCAGCAGCAACAACAAUACGCAAAGGUCUAAGGAAGCCAUAUUACCUUCACAGUAUUGUGAUUGUGAGAAUGAUGAUGAGAAAUCGGAGCUUGGCGAAAAGAAACCAAGAGCAGCAGCAUUGGGAGGAAACAAUAGUGCGAUUGACAAGGUGCAAAUGGCCGCCAUUCUCAAGGGAGUUGACCAUUGCCUUAGGUAUCGUGCAGGAGGGAUCGACUGUGAUUUCUUUCGUUUCAAAGGUCGGGACAAAUCUGGGUCGCUACAACACGUCACAACAACACAAAUCAAAGAGGCCUGGUUGCAGAAUGUGCAGCAGCCAUGCAACAAUGGUGGGAUUCACGAGAGGCAGAUGGCUGCCAUUCUCAGGGGAGUUGACAGUAUCCUCACAUUUGGCAGAGGAGGACUAGGUACGUUCACAGCGAUCAAAGGUCGCGACACAUCUGGGGCACUACGAAAGUUGACACCAAAACAAAUCCAAGAGGCCUGGGAACAGUUCCUUGCAGAACAAAAAUGGUGA